UCUGAGUCAGUGUGGAGACAGAAGGGGCGAAGCUUUAACUGACAGGCGUUCCCCAGCUACCAGAGUAGCUGUAACUGGCAUCCAAACUGCAGACAUGUGUGGAAUCUUUGCCUAUCUCAACUACCAAGUGCCAAGGACUCGCCGGGAGAUCCUUGAGAUCCUGCUCAAAGGUCUGCACCGUCUGGAGUACAGAGGCUACGACUCAGCUGGUGUGGGAAUUGAUGGUGGCAAUGGCAAGGACUGGGAGUCAAAUGCCAAGUCCAUCCACCUGAUCAAGCAACGUGGGAAAGUGAAGGCUCUGGAUGAGGAGAUCAACAAGCAGCAGGAUAUGGACCUGGAUGUGGAGUUUGACGUUCAUGUCGGCAUUGCUCACACCCGCUGGGCCACUCACGGUGUCCCAAGCCCAGUCAACAGCCACCCACAUCGAUCUGACAAGACCAACGAGUUCAUCGUCAUCCACAAUGGAAUUAUCACCAACUACAAAGACCUGAGGAAGUUCUUGGAGAGCAAAGGCUACGAGUUUGAGUCAGAGACUGACACAGAGACCAUCGCCAAGCUGGUGAAGUACAUGUUUGACAACCGGGAGAGUGACGACAUCAGUUUCGCCACGCUGGUGGAACGGGUCACCCAGCAGCUGGAGGGAGCUUUUGCCCUGGUGUUCAAGAGCGUCCACUACCCCGGAGAGGCAGUUGGCACAAGGAGGGGAAGUCCCCUGCUGAUGGGAGUGAGGAGUGAUCACAAACUGUCCUCCGAUCAUAUUCCUGUGCUCUACCGCUCCACCGCUAAAGACAAGAAGGGCUGCAGUGCCAUACCCAGGAUGGACCAGGACACCUGCUUGUUCCCCGUGGAUCAGAAAGCCGUGGAGUACUACUUUGCCUCUGAUGCAAGCGCAGUGAUCGAGCACACGAACCGGGUGAUCUUCCUGGAGGACGACGACGUGGCUGCCGUGAUGGAAGGCCGGCUGUCCAUCCACAGGAUAAAGCGCACGGCCGGAGACUACCCUGCCCGCGCCAUCCAGACCCUGCAGAUGGAGCUACAGCAGAUCAUGAAGGGCAACUACAGCUCCUUCAUGCAGAAGGAGAUCUUUGAGCAGCCCGAGUCUGUGGUCAAUACCAUGAGGGGGAGAAUCAACUUCAACGACAACACAGUGAUACUGGGUGGACUGAAGGACCACAUCAAAGAGAUCCAGAGGUGUCGGCGGCUGAUCCUUAUUGCCUGCGGCACCAGCUACCAUGCCGGGGUAGCGACCCGCCAGGUCCUCGAAGAGCUAACCGAGCUGCCGGUCAUGGUGGAGCUGGCCAGCGACUUCCUGGACAGGAACACUCCCGUCUUCCGAGACGACGUCUGCUUCUUCAUCAGCCAGUCAGGGGAGACUGCUGACAGCCUCAUGGCCCUGCGCUACUGCAAGGAGAGAGGAGCUCUGACUGUGGGCGUCACCAACACAGUGGGCAGCUCCAUCUCCAGGGAGACCGACUGCGGAGUCCACAUCAAUGCCGCGGAGAUCGGCGUAGCCAGCACCAAGGCCUACACCAGCCAGUUUGUGGCCCUGAUCAUGUUUGCGCUCUUGAUGUGCGAUGACAGGAUUUCCAUGCAGCCCAGACGCCGAGAGAUAAUCCAGGGCCUGAGAGUGCUUCCAGAUCUGAUCAAGGAGGUCCUCAGUUUGGAUGAUGAGAUCCAGAAGUUGGCAGAAGAGCUGUACCAGCAGAAGAGUGUACUGAUCAUGGGCAGAGGCUACCAUUAUGCUACCUGCCUGGAAGGAGCACUGAAAAUUAAGGAAAUCACAUACAUGCACUCAGAGGGCAUCCUGGCUGGAGAGCUGAAACACGGCCCCCUGGCCCUGGUGGAUAAACUCAUGCCGGUCAUCAUGAUCAUCAUGAGAGACCACACCUACACCAAAUGUCAGAACGCACUGCAGCAAAUUGUUGCCCGCCAGGGCCGCCCCAUCGUGAUCUGUGACAAAGAUGAUUACGAGACCGCCAAGUGCUCCAGCCGCACCAUCAAAGUGCCUCACUGUGUGGACUGCCUGCAGGGCGUCCUGAGCGUCAUCCCGCUGCAGCUGCUGUCCUUCCACCUGGCUGUCCUCCGAGGUUUCGACGUGGACUGUCCAAGGAACCUGGCCAAGUCCGUGACCGUAGAGUGAACCGCACCAUUCAUCACAUAACGGCAAAAGCCCGGCGGACGCACAUUCAAACGCGCACAGACGGCGAGGGAGCAUCUGAAUGCAGAAACGAAGAGAAAACAAUGUCCUGUUUGUGUCUCGCGUCAGGGCUUUUUUUUUUUUUUUUUUAAAUGCAAUCUUUACUCAACAGGUGUGUAUCUCACUGUUGCAUAGUAUCUGUAUCUCACUGUCUAUUUUUCCCAGAAACCUUUUGGCAUCACUGUCGUACGAUUGUUAGAGAAGCGGUUUUGUCCGUGGUGGCGAGGUCCGGCCUGGCGCUGACCUAUCUUCAUUACGCUCUGGGUUUGGGAAGCUGUAGCAACUGACCGUGACCAUUUGGGUUCAUUCACAAUUCUCAAAAACUUUUGAGAAAUGUUUUUGUGCCGAUUAGUCUCGCUGGAAGCAUCCUGGAGCUGCUGUUUAAGCCGUUGACUGACAGAAGUUUGGUUUUAAAGACCUUACUGGCUCUUUUUAGUGCAAUGAUUUGUAGUUUAGUUUGGAUAUUUUUUUUUCCUUGGCAGCUAAUCGUCUGAACGUAAUCGACAAUCUUAAAUCAUUCCAAGCCACAGGUCAUCGCUUCUUCGUUAAUUGCAGCGCACUUUGCCAGUUUUGCCUCGGUUUCUGUCUUGGACUUUCUUCUGAGGACACGGAGUUUACUGCAGGAGCAACGUCACAAGUUAGGUCCCAGAAACGCUCGCGAAUACACUACUGUGCUGAAAAUCUUCUUGUGUUGGUUACAAAAGCUUGUUCUUGUGUAUAAACCUAGUGUUUAGCAUUUCACGUUCUGGUCUUGAUGGGCUCAGUUAACACGAAUAAGACUUGUUUACUGAGCCACCAUACGCUGUUUCUGCUUUUACCAUUCUCUGUACAUCAUCCCUCUUACUUUAAAGCUAUUAUUUAGUGUUUGAUUCUUCUGCGGAUUCCAGAUCUCGUUCACAUUUAACCUAUUAACUGAAGUAACUCUGAGAUGAAUUCACUAACCUGAAAUACAAGUUGCACCCAGUUGCCAGCCCACACCUUGCCACCACGACUACUGCAAUAUUGGGACCAUUUGUAGCUAUUCUUUCCUUUUUUGUUUUGUUUUGUUUUUUUUAAGGGAUUUGUAUGUAAUUGAAGUUACUCUUUGGUUUGAAAUGUGAAUGUUACUGUCAUUUGAAAUGUCCUGUCAAACCAAAAAUCUCUGCAAUGGCAUGUGGUUACAUUUGUAAACCAAAACGUAUAUAUUUUGUAUGGUUAUCCUACUGUAUAUUGUAGCUAAACGUGUACUGAUGCUGGUAGAUUUGUGCAGUACGAAGAUGCUUCGAGUCCUAAAGGUAGAAUAUACAGUUUCAUGGCAAUAUGUCAUACUGCAGAUGUCUAUUUAGAUAGAAAGUCAGAUGCCAACUGUGUGUGUGAUCCCAAAUGUCUGUUUCAAACACCAAGGAAAGAGUGAUGUACACGUGCAGUUGUGUAGUGAAGAAAUAGAUGUGGAGUUUUUUUUUUUUUUUAACUCAGAUAUUUUAGGUUACAUAUUUAUCUUGCUUUUGCAAUCAAGCCUUAACUUGACUUUUGCUUUUCUUUUUCCCCCUUAAACAUUGAGCUUCUCCUGAGCAAGUGAACAGGUUUAAAUUAAAAACUGGAUGUUUGUUACAGGUACUUUUUGUAACCCACAUACAUGCUGUAAGCACAUUUUGAUUUCUUAACUGGAGGCAAUGAAAGGACACUGCACUGAAUCCUAGCAACAUCUGUUGAGUUACUGAGGAAGUGGGGCACUAUUUAUUAGUGGAACCGAUGCAAUAAAGUGUCAAAGUAC